AUGCAGCUCACCAAAGCGAUCCUGGCCCUGGCUCUCAUUGUAUCUCCCAUCUUUGCAGCGCCUACAGAUGUCGGCGAAGAAAUCGUCAGCACGAAGCUGGAAGCGCGGAGUCCCAAGGUUGUGUGCAAGCCAGAAAAGAACGCAAGCAAUGUAAAAGAAUUCGAGGUGGAUGUUACAGAGGCCGAAAAACUGGCUAAAAAGAUUGGGUGGAAAACCGACCCUACUAAGAGCGACUACCCACAUCCCUUUGGAGACAAGGAAAAGCUCUGGGCGAAUAUUCCUCUGGAGGCGAACAAGUGUAACAGCAAGACGCGUAUGCUUGAGUACCCAGUCUAUUGGACGACGUCAAAGACCAAGGAGUGGGACCCCAAGAAGAAGAAGAAGGAGCAAAACAAGACUCCUAUCCGAAUUGUCUACAGCAACUUGAAUGGUGCUCUUCAUUACUGUGGAGCCAUGAUCCAUGAAACAGUGUCAAAGGAUUUCUCUGGCUCUGGCGACUUCAUACUAUGCCACUAG